AUGCAUCUUUACAAUCUGACCCUCCAAAGGGCCACGGGCAUUACCCAUGCAGUCCAUGGCAAUUUCAGUGGCAGUAAAGUCCAAGAAAUUGUUGUUGCAAGAGGCAAAUCUUUAGAAUUGCUGAGACCAGACCCGAACACAGGCAAAGUGCAUACACUGUUGACAGUGGAAGUUUUUGGCGUUGUUAGGUCUUUGAUGUCCUUUAGAUUAACAGGUGGAUCUAAAGACUACAUUGUUGUUGGGUCUGAUUCUGGAAGAAUUGUCAUCCUAGAGUACCUGCCACAAAAAAAUGUUUUUGACAAAGCUCACCAAGAAACUUUUGGAAAGAGUGGAUGCCGUAGAAUUGUCCCAGGACAGUAUCUGGCUAUUGACCCAAAGGGCCGAGCUGUCAUGAUAGGUGCUGUAGAAAAACAAAAGUUAGUAUACAUUUUGAACAGAGAUGCAGAAGCACGUCUCACCAUUUCAUCACCCCUUGAGGCACACAAAAGUAAUACACUUGUUUAUCACAUGGUCGGGGUUGAUGUUGGCUUUGAGAACCCUAUGUUUGCUUGCUUGGAAAUUGACUAUGAGGAGGCUGAUACAGACCCCUCUGGUGAAGCUGCAAACAAAACCCAGCAAACCUUAACUUUCUAUGAACUUGAUUUGGGUUUAAAUCAUGUAGUUCGAAAAUACAGUGAGCCGUUAGAGGAGCAUGCAAAUUUCCUUAUAUCUGUGCCUGGAGGAAACGAUGGCCCCAGUGGUGUUCUAAUCUGUUCUGAGAAUUAUCUUACAUAUAAAAAUUUGGGAGACCAGCAUGACAUUCGGUGUCCAAUUCCUCGGCGAAGAAAUGAUUUGGAUGACCCAGAGAGGGGCAUGAUUUUUGUUUGCUCUGCUACACACAAAACCAAGUCAAUGUUCUUCUUUUUAGCACAGACAGAGCAGGGAGAUAUAUUUAAAAUUACUUUGGAGACUGAUGAAGAUGUAGUUACUGAAAUAAAGUUGAAGUAUUUUGAUACAGUACCUGUAUCAUCAGCUAUGUGUGUUAUGAAGACUGGUUUCCUCUUUGUAGCUUCUGAAUUUGGAAAUCAUUACCUCUAUCAGAUUGCUCAUCUUGGUGAUGACGACGAUGAACCCGAAUUCAGUUCUGCUAUGCCCCUUGAAGAGGGUGAUACAUUCUUCUUUGCACCUCGAGCACUGCGCAAUCUAGUUAUGGUUGAUGAAUUGGAUUCUCUCUCACCAAUUUUAGCCUGUCAGGUGGCUGAUUUGGCCAAUGAGGACACACCUCAACUCUACAUGUUGUGUGGAAGGGGUCCACGGUCCACUCUGAGAGUAUUGCGGCAUGGUCUGGAGGUAUCUGAAAUGGCCAAGUCAGAACUCCCAGGUAAUCCUAGUGCAGUAUGGACUGUGAAAAGAAGAGCUGAUGAGGAAUUUGAUGCAUACAUUAUUGUAUCUUUUGUGAAUGCUACUUUGGUUUUGUCAAUUGGAGAAACUGUUGAAGAAGUUACUGAGUCUGGCUUCUUGGGUAUUACACCCACCUUGUCUUGUUCUGCUUUGGGAGAUGACGCUCUUGUUCAGGUAUAUCCUGAUGGUAUCCGACACAUUCGUGCUGAUAAGCGAGUUAAUGAAUGGAAAGCUCCUGGAAAGAAGACAAUUAUCAAGUGUGCUGUUAACCAAAGACAGGUUGUGAUUGCACUUACAGGUGGAGAGCUUGUGUACUUUGAAAUGGAUCCCACCGGCCAAUUAAAUGAAUACACCGAACGUAAGGAAAUGCCCAGUGAUGUUAUUUGUAUGGCUCUCGCCAAUGUCCCUGCUGGUGAGCAAAGAUCACGUUUCUUGGCAGUUGGACUCUCAGACAACACAGUGCGAAUUAUUUCUCUAGACCCUUCUGACUGCCUGUCUCCUCUCAGUAUGCAAGCCUUACCAGCUGCUGCAGAAUCUCUCUGCAUUGUAGAAAUGGGAGGUGGUGACAGAGAUACCAGAGACAGGGAGGAAGCCGAUACUGGUGGUGUGCAGGGAACACUUUACCUCAACAUUGGCUUACAAAAUGGUGUGUUACUGAGGACAGUAUUGGACCCUGUUACUGGUGAUCUUGCUGAUACACGAACCCGCUACCUUGGGUCCAGACCUGUCAAACUUUUCCGAAUUCGCAUGCAAGGAAGUGAAGCUGUUCUGGCCAUGUCUAGUCGUUCAUGGCUUAGUUAUUACUAUCAAAAUCGAUUCCAUUUGACUCCUCUAUCUUAUGAGUCGUUGGAGUAUGCUGCUGGUUUUUCUUCAGAGCAGUGUCCUGAAGGCAUUGUAGCAAUUUCCACAAAUACUCUGCGAAUUUUGGCUCUAGAAAAGUUGGGGGCUGUUUUCAAUCAGGUUUCAUUCCCCGUAGAAUAUACCCCUAGAAAAUUUGUUAUUCACCCUGAAUCUUCUCAUCUUGUAAUGGUUGAAACAGAACAUAAUGCUUAUACUGAGGAAACUAAAAAGCAGCGAAGGAUUCAAAUGGCGCAGGAAAUGCAAGAGGCAGCUGGUGAAGAGGAGCAAGACCUUGCCAGGGAGAUGGCUGAAGCAUUCCUUAGUGAGGACCUCCCAGAGAGUUUGUUUGGCGCACCAAAAGCAGGCCCAGGAAUGUGGGCAUCCCUCAUCAGAAUUUUGAACCCUGUUGAAGGGAGCACUAUUUGCAGAGUACCUUUUGAUCAGAACGAAGCUGCUCACAGUAUUGCACUUGUGAGGUUUGCCAAUACUCCAGAUCAACAGUUCAUUGUUGUUGGUGUCUCCAAAGACCUUCAAUUAAAUCCUCGUCAAUUUUCAGCUGGCUACCUUCUUACUUACAGAGUGGACAUAGACUGCACUAAUAUGGAGUUAGUUCACAAGACUAUCCUAGAUGAAGUACCUCAGGCGUUGUGCCCGUUCCAGGGUAAACUUUUAGUUGGAGUUGGAAAAAUGCUUCGUCUGUAUGACAUGGGAAAGAAAAAGCUGCUCCGCAAGUGUGAGAACAAGCACAUUCCAAAUUUGAUUGUCAACAUUCAAGCCAUGGGUAACAGAAUAUUUGCAUCAGAUGUUCAAGAGAGCGUUUACAUGGUUCGUUACAAGAGACAAGAAAACCAACUUAUUAUCUUUGCUGAUGACACCCACCCCCGGUGGGUCACCUGCAGCACAGUCCUUGAUUAUGAUACUACUGCCGUGGCUGACAAAUUCGGCAAUAUAUCUGUGAUACGGCUUGCUGGUAAUGUGAGUGAUGAUGUUGAUGAAGACCCCACUGGUAACAAAGCUCUUUGGGACAGAGGAUUGUUAAAUGGUGCAUCCCAGAAAGCAGACUUUGUUGUUAAUUUCCACAUUGGAGAAAUUGUUAUGUCUCUUCAGAAAGCCACUUUGAUUCCUGGAGGCAGUGAAUCCUUGGUGUAUACCACCCUGUCUGGCACAGUAGGAGUGCUUGUUCCAUUCACAUCCCAUGAGGACCAAGAUUUCUUCCAACAUCUUGAAAUGCACAUGCGCUCUGAAAAUGCACCUCUCUGUGGCCGAGACCACCUGUCAUUCAGGUCUUAUUACUUCCCAGUAAAGAAUGUCAUUGAUGGAGAUCUCUGUGAGCAAUUCAACUCAAUUGAUCCUACUAAGCAAAAGAGCAUAGCGGAGGACCUUGAUCGGAAUGCUAAUGAAGUUUCCAAGAAGCUUGAAGACAUUAGAACGAGAUAUGCCUUCUGAUUGAGUUAUCAAUUACUUAAAUUCCAACAAUUCAUUACUACUUUCAGACAAAACAUUUCUUGAUGCUUGUUCAUAUAUUUGAUUAGACCUCCAUGUCACCAUUCAUCUAUGUAUAUAUGUCAUCCACUCAUCCAUUUUUUUUUUUGUAUACUUCACUGUUGUGUGAUAAUGUGUGUCUAGUUUUAUAAUGUACAUAUACUUCAUCCAACUGAGUAACUUUUAAUUUCACCUGUCAUCAUAGCAAAUUUCGAUACCAGAAAGUUUUGCUGAAACAAAAAGGAAAAAAAAAUGUCAGUUAUUGAGCUCUUUAGUUUUCAUGAACUCAGGCUUUUAAAGGAUUAUGGGCAGGAAACAUGCUCAGAAACAACUCAUGACGGACACUGAAGCUAGAUUAAACUCACUAUCUUUAUUAUUUUUCAAAAGGUUUCCGAUAAAAUCUAAGCUGCCAAGAGGAAUGAAAUGGAAUGAACUACCCCUUACUUUGUGAACUGGGAUCACAAAAAAAAAUUAAAUCAUGUAACAAACUGUAAAUUGUUCUUUGAUUUAUAAUAAAAUAGAUAAGAAUUUCAAACA